AUGUCCGAAGCGACUUCACGGACGUCCGCCUCGCGCGGCAGAGGCUCUGGCCGCGGUGGUAGAGGAGGUUUCGCCGGUCGCGGCGGCCGACGAACCAAUGGCGACAAGCCCGACCAUAGCACCGCUGAUUCUCAGGGUGCAUUCGAAGACGAAGGCGAUUUUGGCGAGCUUCGAAAGCAAUAUGGCGAGAAGACUUCAGUGAUCCGGGAGAUGUUCCCCGACUGGUCUGAGGCCGAUGUCCUUUUUGCUCUUCAGGAAACCGACGGCGACGAGAACGAAGCCGUCACCCGUAUCGCUGAGGGUACCGUUUCGCAAUGGGGUGAAGUUUCAAAGCCUAAGAAGGCUUCUCGAGCUAAGGCUAAGGACCAAGCUCCUACUCCUUCGAACGACGCGACAUCUACUGGGCCCCGAGCCGCUCGUGGUGGUCGAGGUGCAUCUGAAGGAGGUCGCGGUCGAGGCCGAGCUACGGAGCGAGGAGGUCGUAGCACACGUGGCCGCCCUGCUGCUGCUCCUACCAACGGAGCUGGACCCAAGGAGAACGCUGCCUUGUCUAUUCCUACAGAGGAGUCAUCUGUUUGGGGCACUAAGGAUCCCAAGGUGGGCACCUCUGAGGAUAAGGAGAGCGCUCCUGAACAACCUUCCCUCUCUGCGACUGUUGAGGCACCCAAGCCUGCUGCUCCCGCAGUAAAGACCUGGGCAAGCAUGCUGCGACAGUCGGCUGCUCCCAAGGCCCCGCCUAAGCCUAAGGAAGCUCCCGCCGCUCCUCAGCCAGCUGCUGAACCUGCUGAACCUGAGUCUGCCCCCGAACCUCUCGAACCCGAGCCUGAGGCUGUGCCCGAGCCCGAGCCCGAAACCGCCCCUGCCCCCGCCGACGAGACUGAAGAGACUACACCCGUUGCCGAUACCGCUACUCCCGCCGAAGCUCCUCAAGUUAGCGUAGAGCCCGAGGUUGCUCUCCCUCCCUCCAAGGAUGAGCUUACCGAAUCAAAUCUUGAACAGGUUGUUGACGAAUCCAAACCGCCUCCGGAAGGUACUGUCGCAAGCACCACGGCUGACUCUUGGGAUCCUCGACAGAACCCUGCCAGUGUUAAUGCUACACCUAUCUCAGCUGCCCAGCAGCAGCAUCACGCUCCUCCCAGCGGAUUCGCCGCAACUGCCGCCAAGGCUACUGCUGAGCGAACUACCCGCGUUCCUAGCCACCAUCACCAGCGACGUGUCCUCGACCAGGAGGAAGCCGUGCGUAUGCCCGGCAACCGUGAGGUUGACCGUGCUGCCGUUCAGUUUGGAGCUUUCAGCCUGAACGGGGAUGAAGACAUUGAUGGUGACCGAGAGGAGCCAGAGACCAGAGCUCAGCCUCCCGCUGACUCACCUGUCACUCACCCUCGCACAUCGCUUCCUCCUGCCACUCAAGCUGGCGUACCCGACUCAUUUGCUCAGAAGCCCGCUCCUGCGGUUGCCCCGAUUGCAGCCCCCACUGGUACGAUAUUGUUUUCAAGUUCGCCGUUCCGUCUGUUUGCUGACCAGGUUACAGUUCCUUCUGCUCAAUCCCAGGCUCAGGCUCAGGCUCAGAUGCCUGGCCAAGUUCCUGCUUCCAGCGCUCAGCAAUACGGCCGCUUUGGUCAAGCUGGUGCUCAGGACCCCAUGGCCGCUCAGAAGCCAUUGGAUCCUUUCAACCAGCAGAGCACCCCCUCCUCUCAACCUCCCUUCGACAACUUCUCCUCUCAAACAUCCCAGGCACAACAGCCUGGCGGCGCUUUCAGCUCUGCGCCUACCGACUACGCUUCUUACUACACCGCGAACCAAACCGACCGAAACGCCUACAACUACUACAACCAGCAAUUCGGCCAGCAGGGAGGACAGGGCCCAGAUGCCACUGCCUCUCAGCGACCCUUUGGUGCCUAUGGAGCUUCUCAAGCAGACAACCUUAGCCAAUACCCCCAGAGUGGUCUGCACAACCAGCCGCGAUUCGGUGGAAGUGCCGCGGAUGCCCAGAACAGCGGCAACAGCACUCCCAACCCUACUACUCAGGCUCAGCAGCAACAGGCCCAACAGCCUGCUCAGCAACAGCAGCCUGGCCAAGGCUCUCAACCCCAGUCACAUGGCCAGUAUUCUCAAUACAACCAUCCUUACUACAGCAACCCCUACUAUCACCAAUACUACUCUGGAUAUGGUCAGGGAGGAUUUGGUCCUUACGGCAAGGGAGGCAUGUACGGCCAGCCCUACGGCAUGUCCCCCAACGCCCCCUAUGACCACAGCUCAUCCCCCGCUGGUUUCGGCCAGUCUUCCCUCCACCGGGACAGUGGUCUGGGUUCUGGUCUGGGCGAUUACGGUCGUGUUGCCACCAGCCAAGCUGCCAGCCAGCCUGGUCUUGGCGCCAGCUCUUUCGGCAGUGUUCAUGAUAGCUUCGCUCGCGGAGGCGCUCCUUUCCAGACCCAAGGCCAGUCAUUCAACAGCCCUGGUCAGCCUGGCAACGCUGUCGCCGAUGAUCUGAAGCCCCCAUUCGGUGAUUCCAAGGCUGGAUCUGGUCCUUCGCCUUCUCUCGGCGGCGCCCGCCCUGGGUCGGCUACCAAUGCUCCUGCUGCCCAGACUGGUCUCCCGCCCCCUCAGAACUAUGGCGGUUACCCUAGCCACCUCCAGGGCCAUAACCUGCAGCACGGCAGCAACGCCUACGGCAUGGGUGGUAACGCCGGUGCCAGCCAGCACGGAAACAGCCCCUACGGUUCGUAUGCCCAGGGCUUCGGUGGUAGCGGCUACUAUGGCGGUCAGCAGCAGCAGCAGCGCGGCGGCUGGGGAGGCAACUACCACUAG